GAUUUUUAUUUUUCGAAGAAUACAGUAAAAUUGUUGUUUGGUGCUCAACAUGGUUUUUUCAAGAUGAAUUUCUCUUUAGAAGAUAGCACAACAGAUAUAGUACCACCAAAACUGGAGGAGAUAGCCCGUGAUGUUGUUAAAAACGCCAAGUGCUGCGAAUCGGUUCAAAAAGACCUGCUAUUUGUUUUGAUCAUUGUUAUGAUGAUGGAAAAUGGAUUCUAUCCCAUCACAAACGAAGGCGAUCCCGUCUGUGUAGACUCAAAAUGUUUGGAGAAUUGGAAAAAUUCUAGUAUCCUAAAUGCUAGGUUCACGUUAUUUGGUUUCAACGAAGUCGCUUUAAGUCUGAUUAUAAGCCCCCUAGGACCUACAGCAUUAAUCAAUGUUGUGAUUAAUGAUUUAAAUUCCGAAACAUAUACUGUAUGUGUACCUGUGAGCCGUUAUGUUGUAUCUCCUCAUGCAUCCACUAUUCCAAUGAUAUUUAGAGACCUGAAACAUCUUUCUAAUACAUUCAAGAACAAUAUUUCAACACCUGUAAAGAGUAGAAUUCUCAGCUUGUAUGGCUACCCCAGUGCCAGUAUAAUAGGACUACCUGAAGAAGUAUAUUACAAAUUUACUCAAUUAUUACCUGUGCAUGAUGUGGUAACAAUGUCCCAGACAUGUAGGAGACUUAAGUGCUUAAAUGAUAAUCAAAUUCUGUGGCGAGAUUUGUACAGGAGAGACUUUAAAGAAGAACUACCCCCAGAGCAGUCUGAAAAUAGUGACUGGAAGACAUCCUACAAAGAGACAUAUGUUGCAAAACGUGAUGCAAGCUUAAGAAGAACAGCGGGCACUCUACAUGACUUCAUGGACUAUUCAGAUUUGGUUGCUCAUAUUGACAAUCCUUUAUGGGAUAAUAUGAUAAUAUAGCAAAUUUUUAUUAUGUAAAUAUUGAAUUCUUCUUUGUUACAAAAACUUUUUCAUUUAAAUUGAUGUUUUCUCACAAAUGAUGAAUUCAAAUAACAUUUUAUGGUACCUAUAUAAUUCUUCAAAUUUCUAAUUCAUUUUUAUACAGUAUUGGUUUAGUGGAAUUAUUUGAGCUAUUAAGCUUGUGUAAAUUAGGCAG